AUGGGGCCCAGCGGAAGCGGCAAGUCGACGUUGCUCAACAUUAUGGGCACCCUCGAUCGGCCAACCUCCGGCGAGGUCUUCUUUCAAGGCAAACCACUCAGCAAGAUGAAGGAAACCGACCGGCUCCGCGCAGAGCAAAUCGGGUUCAUCUUUCAGUCGUUCCUGCUGCUGCCCACGUUAUCGGCCGUGCAGAACGUGCAAGUCCCCAUGUUCGAAGGCACCUUGCCCGCCAGCGAGCGGCAGAAGAAAGCCGUCGAGUUGCUCGACCUGGUGAACAUGCAACAUCGGGCCAACCACCGGCCCAACCAUCUAUCCGUCGGCGAACGCCAACGUGUCGCCAUCGCCCGUGCUUUGGCCAACGACCCCGUACUUGUGCUGGCAGACGAACCCACCGGCAACCUCGACUCGAAUACCGGCGAAGCCAUCUUGAACCUGUUCGAUCGCCUGCAUCAAGAGCGGGGCCUGACUCUCGUCGUGGUCACUCACAGUAACGAAGUUGCCGAACGGGCCGAGCGGGUCAUCCGCAUCAGCGACGGCCACCUGGUCGAAGACCGCCGCGUGCAUCGCGACCCGGUUACGUACUCCAUCCCGCUCCCCACCAUGGCCGACGGACUUGAUGCGGCCGAGCAACAAAAGAUCAUCGCCGACCUGGCAGGUUCCAGCUACUCACCCGAUCAACUGCUGCGUAAGUCGGUCGUCUCCCGCCACAUCCUGCAUCUAGAGCAACUCCAGCACCCCACCGGCCCCGCAGAACGGGUCGAUACCUGGUUUGUCGCUUACGGCAAUCUCGAUGACAUCUCAGACAAGCAGUUCCUGGAAGAGCUGAUGGAAUCGAGCAGUGGCGAAGACGAAGUCGGUGAAGAGGGGCACACCCUCACGCCCGAAGAACUCGCCGCCCGCGGGAUCGACUUUAAUGAGGCCGAUGCCGAACACGAGGGCUACGCCAACGGAAGCUAUCGCCUCAUCAAAAAGGUCGAGGUCCAAGGCACACUCCACUCCUACUGGAGCCGCACCCCCGAUUCGAUCGUGAUCGCCGGCCAGCUUGACCCUCGCUUCAACGACGACAAAGAGUUUCCCAAUGUCUGGCGGGCCAUGGACCGCGCCCCCACGGGCCAAUUAGAACUGGGGCCCGCCCAUCCGUAUGAAGGCACCGGCUUCUACCUCAAAAUCACCCGUAUGGAAGAACCCGAAGGCGCGCUAUUCGUCGAGGCCCACAUGGUGCUUUCCGAACCGCAAGCCUGGUUCGACGGCGCGAACCUGCUCGGAGCCAAGCUGCCAGCGGUGGUGCAAAACCGCGUCCGCGCAACCCGCCGCGAGUUCCUCAGGGCUUCGCAGUAA